ACACACACCUGCAGCAAACCUGUUAUUUGAAGGUUACAGGCGGACUCUUUUUUCAGGAAUCCAGGGUUCAUAUUCAUAUUUAUAAACAUCGACUCUUCUCAUAGGAUGCAGUCGAGUUGUGCUUUACUCUGUAUCUCACUUUGUGUAUUUACUGCACAUCUCUCAAGCAUCCACGGCAUGACCCUCAUGAAUCCAGAAAAAAAGGGCUGGACUCUAAACAGUGCUGGGUAUCUACUAGGACCUUAUGCUCAUAGAAGUCUUAAUGUGAGACACAGAGCUUCAGGAAAAAGAGACACGGGGAAUGAGAAUUCAAGCUUUCCCACGUCUUCAUACAAUGAUUCCUAUCUUCUAUCAAUUCUGGGUCAUCUUGCAUAUUUGCGAUUAAAAGAAAAGGGAAUGACUGAAGAUUUCAGUGGAUCUUUUAUUAAUAGUGGCAAUGUGAAGCAAUAACAAAAUUAUUUUACCCCCUACCAAAAACCAUUUGCAUUUUAUCCUAUUUUUUACAUAUAAGUAGUUUAAAAAAACGCACAAGGUUAAUGUCCUCCAUCUCUCCCCUUUACUGAAUCAUGGUUGAUGGAUCAUUUCUGCUUCAGAGUUCAAAUAAAGCACUUCAUCUGAAAUGUU